AUGUCCACAACCACCUCCACGCUCAACGGGUCUCGAGAACAUGACGACACCCUCGAUCGAGAAAACCCGACUGAGGCCAGGACUGAAACUGAAACUGAAAAUGAAACUGGGACCGGGGCCACGCAUUUCGAGCCCAUCUGGUCGGAGGCGGAACGGCGACAUCUACGUCGCAUCGCAACCAGCCAGUCUAGUCGGUCUGCCGGAAGCCAGCAGGGCGGCGGACACAACCAUAGCCGCACACACACGCCGACACAGCCGGCCACGCGCCCGGAACUCGAUCCGCUCAGUGACAAAUUCAGCCUCAGCGAAUGGAUGAAAUGCAAAGUCGAGCAGUUCGCGGCCGGGGCGAUCCAACGGCGACACACGGGUGUGCUCUUCCAGAACCUCUCGGUGCACGGGACGGCGGCGGAAAUCAAAUUGCAGAAAAGCGUGGGCUCGAUCCUCACGGCGCCGUUGCACCUGAAGCAAAUCGCGCAGGGGCGGCAGCGGCACAAGGCAAUCCUGCAGAACUUCGAUGGCCUGGUCAAUCGCGGCGAGAUGCUGCUCGUGCUGGGCCGGCCCGGGUCCGGCUGCUCGACCUUUCUCAAGUCCAUCUCAGCCAACUACGAAGGGCUGAGCCUCGGCGAGGGAAGCAGCAUCAGCUACGACGGGAUUCCGCAGAAGGUGAUGAAGGAGCAAUUCCGCGGUGAUAUUCUGUAUAACGGCGAGACUGAGAAGCAUUUCCCCCAACUCACAGUCGGCCAGACGCUCACCUUUGCGGCGGCAGCUCGGGCCCCGCGGAGCCGCGAGCCCGGCAUGUCGCGAACAGACUACAUCAACCAGGUGCGGGACGUGGUACUGGCGGUGUUCGGGCUCUCACACGCGAUCGACACCAAGGUCGGGUCGGACUAUGUACGCGGGGUGAGUGGCGGCGAGAGGAAGCGGGUGUCGAUCGCGGAGAUGGCGCUGGCAGGCUCGCCGCUGAGUUGUUGGGACAAUGCGACGCGCGGGCUGGACUCGGCGUCGGCGUUCGAGUUCGUCAAGGCGGUCGAACUCAGCUCGCGCAUCUUCGGCACCACGCAUCUGGUGGCGGCGUACCAGGCGUCGCAGGCCAUGUACGAUCGGUUCGACAAGGUGAUCGUGCUGUACGAGGGCCGCGAGAUCUUCUUUGGCGCCACGGCGCAGGCCAAGCCGUUCUUCGAGAACAUGGGCUGGCGGUGCCCGGCGCGGAAAAGCACCGGCGACUUCUUGACCGGGCUCACCAGUCCGCGGGAGCGCGAGGCCAAGGAAGGCUGGGAGACGCGCGUGCCCCGGACGGCGGAGGAGUUUGAGCAGUACUGGCGGAACAGCGCCGAAUUCCACGCCCUCCGGGGUGAGAUGGCGGCGGCGCAGGAGCGGUUCGAGCGCGAGGGCACGACGGCCGAGGAGUUCCUGGCCAGCAAGCGGCAGCGGCAGGCCAAACACACGCGGGCCAAGUCGCCGUACACGAUCAACAAUGGCAUGCAGGUGGCGCUGUGCACGCGGCGGGCGUACCAGCGCAUCUGGAACGACAUCGCGUCGACGGCGACCACGAUCGGCGGCAACAUUGUCAUGGCGCUGAUCAUCGCGUCGCUGUUCUACGGCACGCCGUUCGGCACGCAGGCCUUCUUCUCCAAGAGCAGCCUGCUCUUCUUCACCGUGCUGCUCAACUCGCUGAUGACGGUGACCGAGAUCAACGCCCUGUACGGCCAGCGCCCGAUCGUGGAGAAGCACGCCUCGUACGCCUUCUACCACCCCUUCGCCGAGGCGCUGGCCGGCGUGGUGGCCGACCUCACCAUCAAGAUCGCAGCCAGCGUCAUCUUCAACACCAUCAUCUACUUCCUGGGCGGGCUGCGCUACGAGGCCGGCCCGUACUUCAUCUUCUUCAUCGUCAACUUCGCCGCCCUGCUCUCCAUGAGCAGCAUCUUCCGCACGGUUGCCGCCACCACCAAGACCAUCUCCCAAGCCCUGGCUGCCGCCGGCGUCAUCCUCAUCGCCGUCGUCGUCUACACCGGCUUCGUGAUCCCGCGGCCCAACAUGCAUCCGUGGUUCAAGUGGCUGACCUGGAUCGACCCCUUGGCCUUUGCCUUCGAGGCCCUGAUGGUCAACGAAUUCCACGGCCGAGACUUCCCCUGUUCCAAUGUCGUCCCGGCCUACCCGGGCUUCACCAACGGCUCCGGCGACAUGUUUGUCUGCGCCGAGAAAGGCGCGAUUCCCGGCCAGCUGUUUGUCAACGGCGACCGCUAUCUGGAAGCGAGCUUCGGUUACCAGCAUUCGCACCUGUGGCGCAACUUUGGCAUCCUGCUCGGCUUCCUCUUCUUUUUCUUGAUUCUCUACCUGACCGUCACCGAGUUCAACUCACAUUCGACCUCGAGCGCCGAGGCCCUGGUGUUCAAGCCCGGCCAUGUGCCCAAGACCAUCCAGCAGGGCGUGUCGGAAAAGAAGUCCCAAGCCGUGGUGGAAGAGCCGGGGACCCAGGAUGAAGAGUUGGAUGCCCUUCCGAAGCAGGGCGACGUGUUCAUGUGGCGCAAUGUCUGCUACGACAUCAAGCUCCGCAAGGACCAGAAACGGCUGUUGGAUCGCGUGAGCGGCUGGGUGAAACCCGGCACCCUGACGGCCCUGAUGGGCGUGUCGGGCGCCGGCAAGACCACUCUCCUGAACGUGCUGGCCCAGAGAGUGUCGGUCGGGGUCGUCACGGGCGACAUGUUGGUCAACGGCAGCCCUCUCGCCGCCAGUUUCCCCCGACGGACAGGAUACGUGCAGCAGCAGGACCUGCAUCUACACACGUCGACGGUGCGCGAGGCCUUGCGGUUCUCGGCGCUACUGCGUCAGCCGAAAUCGACGCCGGUCGCUGAAAAGCAUGCCUACGUGGAGAAGGUGAUCCGGAUGCUCAACAUGGCCGACUUCGCCGACGCCGUCAUCGGCGUCCCCGGCGAGGGAUUGAACGUGGAGCAGAGGAAGCUGCUGACCAUCGGCGUCGAGCUGGCGGCCAAACCCACGCUGCUCUUGUUCCUAGACGAGCCGACGUCCGGCCUCGACAGCCAGUCGAGCUGGUCGAUUGUCUCGUUCCUGCGUAAGCUGGCCGACAACGGCCAGGCCGUGCUGUCGACCAUCCAUCAGCCGUCCGCCACGCUGUUCGAGCAAUUCGACCGCCUCCUGUUUCUGGCCCAGGGCGGCCGCACCGUCUACUUUGGCGACAUCGGCGACGACUCGCGCCUCCUGCUCGACUACUUCGAGCGCAACGGGGCGCGACGCUGCGGCGACAGCGAGAACCCGGCCGAAUACAUCCUCGAGCUCGCCGGCGCCGGUUCCGGAGCCCCCGGCCAGUCCAAAGUCGACUGGCCCGCGGUCUGGCGCGGCAGCAGUGAAGCCGCCGCAGUCGAGGCGGAGCUGGACGGCCUGCAGCGGACUCUGCAGGAGAAACAUGCGCACGACACGGACGCGCCGGAAGACCACACCGAGUUUGCCAUGCCGCUGUGGGACCAGCUGGUGACGGUGUCGAUCCGCGUGUUCCAGCAGUACUGGCGCACGCCGACGUACAUUGGCGGCAAGUACUCGUUGGGCAUUGCGUCGGCGCUCUUCAUCGGCUUCUCCUUCUACAUCCCGGGCCAUUCGAUCCAGGCGAUCCAGUCGAUGAUCUUCGCCAUCUUCAUGAUGACGGCCAUCUUCGCCGCGCUCGUGCAGCAGGUGAUGCCGCAGUUCAUCUUCCAGCGAGACCUGUACGAGGUGCGCGAGCGGCCGUCGCGCACCUACCACUGGGCGGCGUUCAUGGUGUCCAACAUUCUGGUCGAGAUCCCCUACGCCGUGCUGCUGGGCAUCAUGGUCUUCGCCGCCUUCACCUACGCCGUGUUCGGCAUCACCAGCGGCCAACACCAGGCCCUGCUGAUGCUCUUCUGCGUCCAGUUCUUCGUGUUCGGGUCGACCUUUGCCCACAUGGUCGUCGCCGCCCUCCCGGACGCCGAAACCGCGGGCCAGAUCGCCACCCUCCUGUUCUACCUGACCCUCACCUUCAACGGCGUGCUGCUGCCCAGCGUCAUGCUGCCGGGGUUCUGGAUCUUCAUGUACCGCGUCAGCCCCAUGACUUAUAUCGUCAACGGCAUCGCCACCGUCAUCGCCGGUCGCCCCGUCCACUGUGCCACCAAGGAGCUUAGCCUCUUCCAGCCCUAUCCGUCCCCGGGCACCACUUGCGGCCAGUACAUGGCCCGCUAUCUGCAGGCUGCCGGCGCCGCUGGAGGUGCUUUGAUCAAUCCCGACGCCACUGCCGAUUGUCAGUAUUGCUCGUUGAGAGUCACCGAUCAGUUCCUGGGCGCGCGGGACAUCAAUGCCAACGACGGCUGGAGGGAUUUCGGGAUUGUUUGGGCCUUUGUUGCCUUCAACAUCGCCGCCGCCAUUUCUUUGUAUUAUUUGUUCCGCGUCAAAACUUGGGGGCGACGGUGA